AUGCCUCAGCAGGAACGCACGUACAGACAUGUUAAUACUUCAAGAAGUCCAACCGCCGCUACCAUGGAACAAUUCCUUCGAGGUAAAGGUGAAUCCUCUAGGAUGUCACCAACCUAUUCUCCUACCUCCCAUUCUCCCUUGUCUCCUUACUUCGAGAGGAUGAAGCACCAUGACCCUGAAGAAGACCAAGGCCUCUAUCCGAAGAAAUCAGUUCUGACCAAAGUGAAGGAAAGAGCCAGGAAAUUGCGUUACAGCCUCAGCAAGAGAAGACAAGAAGAUGAGAACCUCACUCCAUCUUGGGGUGUUAGUUUAGAAGAGGAUGAGGAAGAAGAUGAUGCUGAAUACCUUGGAGCUCCAAUCUAUGAAUCGGAGCUGGCACCUGACGAGUACAAAGAAAAUGCAAGGCAGCAUCCAAGAGCAAGUCCAGUAAUCUGUGAGAAGCAUGUUUUGCGGAGCAAUGUCAAAUCCGGUGUGGAACAAGAUCAAGAAAAGCCUCUUAGUCCUGUAAAGUCCACAACAACAGAAACUCAACCUACAACUACUACUACUCCUUGUCCAAACAAAACAAUGACUGAAACCGUAGCUGAAGGGUCAUAUGCAGCCCAUUCUAUGUCCUCCAAAAAUCAUGCUGUUUCCUCAACUCCUCCUACUAAUAUGUCCUCCCAAACUUGUUCAAUCACCCCACCCAAUUCCUCAUUUUUAUCGCAUACACAAAAUUCAUCAACCUCAUCUCCACCACUGAGGGAGAAAAAUACAAGCUCCAAUAAUGCAGGUGUUAUGGAGAAGGUGAGAGGAGCUGUAAAUUCUUUGCUACGGAAUGAGGAACCAUCACAACAAUAUGCAGUCAAAACUCCUACAACACGCGCUUCCUCUCAAAUAACCAAAGCUCAACAAGUUGAUCAGGAAGAGAGCCAUGGGAGAAUUCUUCAGGCAAAUUAA